GGCUCAGUGCAAACCGGUCAGUAGUGACCCGGUGUCUGCCCGGACUGGUCCUGCCUUGCCAAACGGCUCUGAGGCUGCAGAGAUUCCAGAGAGGAUGAGAGCUGCAGAGGGAGAGAGGAAUAGACUGUAAGAAAUAAAGAGAGAGGAGGUGCUGCUGAGACUUUAUAAGAAGAGGAAGAGGAACCAUGUCCUAGAGGAGGAGCUGUGCACCGAGAGGCCGGAACAGAGCAGCGGGUCUGCCGCACGGAGCACCGAGAGGCCGGAACACAGAGCAGCGGGUCUGCUGCACGGAGCACCGGCCCGCACGGUGGGGCCUGGCCGGCUGAAGCUGGUAGAACCUUCAGGAUGCGAACCUCUGCUCAGGACCCGCGUUAAAUAGCGAGGAGAGUUACCGCAGAGAGAGCGGUGUGUCGGAGUGUGUGUGUGUGUGUGUGUGUGUGUGUGUGUGUGUGUGUGUGUGUGUGUGUGUGUGUGUGUGUGUGUGUGUGUGUGUGUGUGUGUGUGUGUUUGCGUGAGUUAGUGUGUGUUUGUGUGUGUCAGCAUGAGUCUGGUCUCGGGGUUCCCUCACCACCCGGUCAUGCACCAUCACGACAGCCACCACUACUCCCUGCACGCGGCGGCGGCGGCGGCCGGUCGGUGUCACGAGGAUACCGGGGCUCCGCCAUACUUCACGAGCUGGCUGAUAAGUCACGCGGAUGUGUCUCCCACCGAGUACAGCCUCGCCCCCGGGUACAGCCCUGAGUACCACGGCAAUAGCGGCGGCGGGUCCACCGGCGGCCUGGACCCCCACCAUCACCACCACCACUACGGACCCGGCGCCUUGGUACCGGGGGCCAGCGCCAUCUCGGUAAACGGAGCGGCAGUCGGUAUGCACCCCCACACACUCCCCCGGCCCGUGAAGCGGAGACCCACGGCCAACCGGAAGGAGCGGCGGCGGACCCAGAGCAUCAACUCGGCCUUCGCGGAGCUGCGGGAGUGCAUCCCCAACGUGCCGGCGGACACCAAGCUGUCCAAGAUCAAGACUCUGCGGCUGGCCACCAGCUACAUCUCCUACCUGAUGGACAUCCUGGACAAGGACGGACAGCACGGGGACACGCAGGCGUUCAAGGCCGAGCUGAAGAAGACGGAGGCCCGGGAGGAGCGGCGGAAGAGAGAGGCGGUGGAGAUCCCCAAGACAGCACCCUCAUCAUCCUCCUCCUCAUCGUCAGCGGGAGAUAAGAAGAGUAAAGGGCGGACAGGAUGGCCCCAGCAUGUCUGGGCUCUGGAACUCAAACAGUAGUCCCCCCUUAGUGAUGGGACAUUAUUGACGCGCUCAGAGGAACUUUAAUGGCCGUCAUCAUCAUCUUCUUCAUCAUAAUCACCAUCAUCAUCAUCCUCGCUGCGGAGCUCCAGGCUGCCCCCCACCCCCUCCUUCCGGAGUGACAGGCCCAGGAGGGGAGUAGGCCUACCUCAUAGAACAUCAGAUUAUUUACCAAGUUAGAUUCAUUUUUAAGUUGAAGACCUUAAUCGAAAAAGAAAACACAAUAAACGAAAACGAUUCCUCAAACGGCAAUAUUGUAGAUAUUUGGUCAAUCAACACUUAUUCUUGUCACAUAACAUGUCAGUGGUAGCCUACAGUAGGCUUGAUGUCCAUAAACUGGACCCGUAAUAGACAGUGUCUGAGGGGACGAACAGGUUAAAUAACACAAAACCCUCCCUCGAGCCCGUGAACCAGAACCACUGUCCAAUCAAGCAGCUCUAUGUCCGGAGGGCACGUGCGCUCUGUGCUGAUGGGAUGCAUUCAUAGAGUGGUGCGUAAAACCUCUGAGGUGUGCUUCCUCAGAGAUAGCUCUAUAGCACUGAAGGUAGGGCGGCCGAGUCUCUCUCCCUCACACAGACACACAGACACACACACACACACACACACACACAGACAGACACACACACGUGGUUUUGACGUGCUCCCUGCUUUAUUUAACGUAAUAUAUUUAUGUGCAGAGCGGCCGCCAGUAGCACCCGAACAGCCGUUAGAACCUUUGAUUAAAGACAAGGUGUAUGUGAAGUGACCUCUCUCUCUCUCUCUCACUCCUCUCUCUCUCUCUCUCUCUCUCUCUCUCUCUCUCUCUCUCCUCUCUCUCUCUCUCUCUCUCUCUCUCUCAUCUCUCUCUCUCCUCUCUCUCAUCUCUCUCUCUCUCUCUCUCUCGACGUCACAAUGAUGACGACGUAUCUAUGUUGUGGUGUGAAAAUGUGGUGGGGGUCUAAAUAAUGCUUUUUGUGGGAUGUAAACAGUGUCAUGAAUUUAAUAAACCACCACCUGGUUACGUUA